UUACACGGAGAUCACGUCGACUUUGUCCAAACAUUGCUGGGCCAGUUCUCGGGCUGUCUGUUAGCAGCCAAGCUCACCUCUGCCGACCUACAUUGAGACAGCUUACUUGUGCUUCCCUGGUGGCAGGGAGAGGUACAUACUUGACACCAACCAGCGGUCGAUGCCUGACAACACCAUCUGCCAUAGGAGCGGUGAAUCGAGUUAGGUGAGGUCAACUACCUCGCCCACCACGUUUGGCGCUCUGAUAUAAGCGGACUCUUCGACACAACGUAGCAUCUCUGGUCUGGCCUGGUCCCAGGAAAAUAGAAAGAUGUCUCCCUCGCGGAAAUCUCAGGACAGCACUGCCACUUCGCGUUCGGCGAAGCCUAAGCUGACCAUCGACACUCGAGUGUACCCCAAGCCAGCAGUUGAUCCGCCGUCUACCCAGAGUGCACCUGUCGGCACGCGCCGGGAGAAAGGAAUACCCCCCAUGUAUCAAGCUACUGACCGGCACUGUACGAAAGUUGCUGAAAUGAUGAGUUCGCCUACUUGGCGCAGCCAACGACCCUGGACUAGUGGUGUUGAAGACGGCGCUCCCUUCGAGCUCCUCGAUGCCCACCAUACCUACAAUCCGAGCCCCUUGGCGCCCUGUGUUGAGGACGAUGGAAAAUUGGACUGGCAUAACGAGCGAGAAGACACAAAUGAUGUAUUCCAAAGUCCAGUGAGGCAACGCACUCGGCGCCGCCAUGCUGACAGCGGUAUUUCUCUGGGUCGAGACGCCGAAGCUAUGAACAUCAUCGGCAUUCAUCCACUCUCAGACAUGCCAGGCAUCCCCAACCCAAACAAGACUUUCAUCAUAUCGGCUUCCUUGUCCAAUGGACCUGCUCACGCCCGAGGAGCCAUGUAUGGCGAGCUGCAGCCCGUCAUAGCCCCCAAAAGGCGGUCCGAGUUCCAGAAUAAGUUCGUUCAAGACGACCUCUCCUACGAGCUCCUUUCCUCGGAGCACAACUCCGAGUAUGGUUCUCUGGAAAACGGUGAAAAAGCUCGCCACGGUCCACCGCCGUCUCUGUGUCACCCGUCUGGUCAAUUUCACGGCGAGGGUGGACAAGACGAACAGGGCAUUCUUGACAGAACGAAAUACAGGGCGUGGGAUUUUCAUCUUCUCAUGGAAAGAGAUGCGGCCAUCAAGUCUGUCAACUCACAUCAAGCACCUCAAACGCCUCAUCGUCGCCCUGACCCGGAAGAUACCCAGCGUUUUCAAGGCUUGCUUGGAAGACUUCGUCGUGGAACUGAGGCAUUGAAGGAAAGUCCAUCAGGCAACAAUACUCUGAAUGACCCGGCAAUCAUCUCCUUUGAACCAAAGGAAAAUAAACAGCGCUUUUCCCACAGGGAACAGAAAGUCCCUUUCAAGCGAUCUAAAUCUCCGCCAAAGGGAAACCAAAAGAGAAACCAACAUGCUCCCUCUGAUUCUGGGUACGCGUCAUCAAGCACUCGCACGCAGUCGAGGAGCAGACAUGGUACAUCAGACGAGAUUGGUUUCCAGCCUGUCGCUGCUCAGAAUGGAAGGGUCGGCUCGAAAGGGUCUGGGCCAGAUCGCUCACCAAAGUCUUCGACACUCAAUCCCGCCGCAAAGGAGUUUUCAUUGACCAAUAACCACAGCGCUCCUCUCGUGGAGCGGAACCUACUGAAGUCUCCCGCCUCCACCCGUACCUUCCUGUCACCGCCGCUGGGCCAUGCACCGUUUGGCAUAGGCAUACAUCCGCAAAGCUUUGGGUAUAACAACACCCUGCCCAUCUUUGACAGCCCUUUCGCAAACUUGGCUCUCCCACCACCGGCCUCGUUACAAGUCUCUCCAGCGUUGCUCCCGCAAACCGUCCCUUUUCCUCUCCCUGCUUUACCGCCUCAGCCCGGCUUGGGCUUUGGUCCAAGCCUCGCUGCAGGCAUUCAUGGUCUUGGGAGCAUUCCCAGCCUGCCACUUCGGCCAUCGCCAUCUUCAUUGGGUCUAGCAAGACAACCGCAACCUCCGGAGUCUGCGCCAGUGUCUGGGCCAAUUCCCUCCGAGUUUGUGGGUGCCUUUCACCAACAGCUGCCGACCAUGCCCUCGUGCAAUAACCCAGCACACCAAAACGAUGCUGCCUUGAAUGCCGCCCAGGGCUUUCUGGCGCCUACGAUGCCACAACUCCCACCUCCUGCGCCACCUGCCUCUUUGUUCGGUCCAACCCACAACACUCCAGUGCCGGCGUCCAUUGCACCUCCAGCCUCGGUGGUGAACCCGAUCUUUAGGAAGAACGUGCCCAAGCCGAAAGUACCUAACACUACUGGUCAGCAGUACUGGGAGUACUGGCACGAGCUGCGGCGUACUUUUGAACCUGGAUAUGCGCAAAAGUCGAAGCAGAACCAGCAGAAGCGGUACAUGAAGCAGCAGGUCUACAAGAACGGCGGCACGGUAGACCAGGCUUAGGAGAAGAGUGGAUCUUCUAGCGUGCCACAAGGGAACAAGGCCCAGGGGAACGGCGCACCAAAAACACAGAGCAUUUCCAGUCCGGCAACGGGCAACAAGACCACGGCCGGGAGCGACAAAGGUGACAGCAAUGACUCUGGCACCAGCUAUCACGAGAGAAAUUAAGGCCUCAGGAUUCAAUGCCAUGCUUGUGGGCUCACACAAGUCAGUCGUUCUCUUAACGCGACUCCGGGUGCACUUGUCACAUGUUGGCAGACGAAGGUGGAGACUUGAGCCGGCAGUACACUCAUUGGCGAGUAUGGCACGCUUUUCUUAUUAUUAUUUGUCGUUUUCCCGAGUAGUUCACGGCGAUAAGUUGCUUAUUUUACAGGGACGGUUACUACAAGCUCGGUAUAUCCUCAUGACUCCAUCGAAGGGAAGAUGAACACAAUGAAUGGGGAAAGAGACAUCUGGAACACUACAGAGCUAGCAAGAGUAAGAAUGGAAGAACUCGAGGUGUAGAUAUUGUUAGCCUCGAUAGCAACAGUUCCAUUUCUGUUUGAGUUCAAUGUCGGUUUCUCCGCGCUUCUAUGCCGACAACAGAUCCGUAUACCGUGUGACCAUACCUAUCUAAAGAUUGCCCGUGUCUUCUGUAACACUUCAAUGGUGUGCUUGGCUAUUACGAUGGUCUCGCCCAGUUCUAAUCACACAAGCACGAAGCUUGUGGGUGGGAUGCGGGUGGAUCUUACUCGAUACGCCCAACUCAAUCUCGACAACAUGUUUACCCCCAAGCCUGCGGAACAGUCUCACGGCGCACACUCUCCUGGGCCAGACCCCCUCCCUCUCGGGCAUCGAGGAAGAUAUGACCUUUCCAAAGACCCGUGUACAUGGCGCUACACCGUAACCUCACCUCGAAGGAUUGGUGACUUCACCCUCGUACUAAAGGCCUCGUUGGACAGCGAACAGUCUGCUCUGCCCUAAUGUGGCUUCUGGCACGCCGGCGCAGGAUUAAAU